CGCGCCUUUACGGCGUCAUCACAACUUCUUUGUGUGAUGUCAUCAAAACGCGCUGCACAGAAAGCUCUUUAAGCGUGAAAGAGUUUAACAGUCAUCUGCAAAUAUGUCCCGUCGAUAUGAUUCCAGAACCACCAUCUUCUCGCCGGAGGGGCGUCUGUAUCAGGUCGAGUACGCCAUGGAGGCCAUCGGCCACGCCGGCACCUGCCUGGGGAUUUUAGCCAAUGACGGAGUGCUGCUGGCGGCCGAGAGGAGGAACAUUCACAAGCUGCUGGACGAAGUGUUUUUCUCAGAGAAAAUCUACAAGCUGAACGAAGACAUUGCGUGCAGUGUGGCGGGAAUCACGUCAGACGCCAACGUGCUGACCAAUGAGCUGAGGCUUAUCGCACAGAGGUACCUGCUGCAGUACCAGGAGCCGAUGCCCUGCGAGCAGCUGGUCACGGCGUUGUGCGACAUCAAACAGGCCUACACGCAGUUUGGAGGAAAGCGUCCCUUUGGAGUCUCGCUGCUGUACAUGGGCUGGGACAAACACUAUGGCUUCCAGCUCUACCAGAGUGACCCCAGUGGAAACUACGGCGGCUGGAAGUCCACGUGCAUCGGAAACAACAGCGCUGCGGCCGUCUCCAUGCUGAAGCAGGACUUCAAGGAGGGCGAGAUGACGCUCUCCGCGGCUCUCGCCCUCGCCGUUAAAGUCCUCAAUAAGACCAUGGACGUCAGCAAGCUGUCUGCAGAGAAAGUGGAAAUCGCCACUCUGACCCGUGAGAACGGAAAGACCUGCAUCAAAGUGCUGAAGCAGAAGGAAGUUGAGGAGCUGAUCAAGAAGCACGAAGCCGAAGAGGCCAAAGUCGAGAAAGAGAAGAAAGCGAAGGAGCAGAGAGAGAAGGACAAGUAGUCCCCCCCCCCCCCCCCCCUCCCAAACUCCCCCCCC